CCAUGAGUGAUAUUGUCUUAUACUAUUUGGAAUCCUUCUUUCUUUAAUGAUUUUAUCUUCGCAUUGGUACUCACUAUUCAGUUUCUGAAUCCAAUAAACAAUUAAUAUCGCUACAAGCCUUAUUAUUGGUUUGUGCCUUGCUCUUGUUUGAUACUACUACCUCUUUAUCGUUUCCCAUGUGCACCUUGCUUUCAUCUCAAACUAAGGUAUACUGAAAACCCGGAUGGUUUGGAAUUUGGCUACACUAGUCUUUUUUUACUUUUUAUGCAUAUCACUACUCGUGUAUUAAUAUCUUGUUUCACCAUAUAUAUUUUCCCUUGGAUCUUGGUAGCUUACAACUACUCUAUUAUACAAUGAUAUAUAUGUUGGUAUUCUUAUAGCGAAGAGCUUCUUGGCAUCUACAUUAUUUUCCUUCACUUCUCAUUUUGCAAACAAAUUAAUAUGCCAAGCACAAGAAAUCUGAGGUACCUCAACCUCAAUAUGUGUUGCUCAAAUUCAGCCACUCCUGAAUCAGAAUCUCCUCCAUUGAGCCCCAUCACCACUUCCUCAAAUCAUAACUCUCAAUGUCCAUCUCCUUCUUCAAUCAUGAUCAAGAACUUCAACUCUAUCUAUGACCCUACCUUAACCUCUCACCACUCUUUCACCUCAACUUUUUUCUCCACCACCACUUUAUUUGAGUCCGAACCUGAACCUGAACCUGAACCCGCCGAUUUCGCCACCGCCUUUGCCUCACAACGCUUCUUCUUCUCCUCCCCAGGCCACUCCAAUUCCCUCACCAAGGCCAACACCAACACAUCUCAACACUCACCAUCAUUGAGAGAUGAUGGUGAUGUUGAGAAAAUGAAGAAGAAGAAGCUGUUGUUCAAAGGCAGUGUGGCCGUGGCAACAUACUCGCCGGAUCCUUACGUGGAUUUCCGGCGAUCAAUGCAGGAGAUGGUGGAGGCGCGUCCAGAGUUGAUGGACGUGAAGUCCAAUUGGAACAUUCUUCACGAGCUUCUUCUAUGCUACCUUGCUCUCAACCCAAAGAGCACACACAAGUUCAUUCUUGGUGCCUUUGCCGAUCUCCUCGUUAGCCUCAUGUCUUUCUAGUGUUGGAUCUUCAAUUUUGGUUUGUAAAUUUGAAUAAUGAAACAUGUAAUGCUGGUGCCGGAUAAUGAUUGUUUCAUUAAUUAAUGUCCCACUUUGUUACUCACACUCAUUUUUGCUUUGUCCUUCAUUUGGUUAGUGUUAAGUUACGUACUAAUAACUAGUAGGGUGGGGAACCUCUAUACUCUAACUUGGUCCCCUCCAUGCAUUCAUUCAUUGUCCUUUACUCCAGCUUUCACCAUCCUUAAUUGAUUUGUUUUGGAUGGAGAGAUUUUGAAGGCUUUGGUCACAAUUAAUUUUAUUAUGGGGAACCUCAGUUGAGCUAAUGCCAUGUGACCAUCUUGUUAACAUGGUGGUUUGGAAAGUUGCAAAUAUUUUUUGGGGUGUCUAGACAAUAUGGAAAGCCUUUAAUUUCUUCAUAAUUUAAACUUGG